CGACCCUCCGCGACGACCGCGUUCGUUUUCUUUUUCACGUUGCGCGUGGCAGCACGAAAACGACCGGCAUCGAGUUCGGAAAGCUUUCGGCAGCGUUCGACGCUCCGCGUCUUGGGCUCCAGCGUCGACGAAGUUUCGGACGAGUUGAACACACGAGUUCCGCCGAUCCAGUCCAGCGCGAUGCCGUCGACUGGCCCGUGGACGGGUUCCAGUGGCCCCGUGAUUGGCGGCGGCGGUGGCGGCGGCGGCGGCGCGAUGGAUGGUAUGGGGUGCUAUCAGGUCUGCUUGGAGGGUGACCCAUCCAGCAUCAAGGAGUCGGCGACGUGGGUGUACAAAGGAGAGGGGCAAGGUUCUUACAUUCACAAUACCACCGUGGAGUAUGUUGGAGCAGGACGCGGGUCCUAUGACAAGGAGGUGAACGUGUCUUAUGGGGCUUGGCGUUGUCGAACCUGUUGUCUCUUCCUGCUGCUCCUUCUUCCCAUCCUGGGCUUUUUGAUCUAUUGGCUGUGGCCCCGCAACACCGGCUUCACGGAACCGCACGACUGUUUCAGCGACUACGCCAAUUGGCGAAACGCCUGGAAUCAAGAGAAGGCGUCCUAUUGCUGUGCCCAACAUGGCAAGGGGUGUGGAGGCCCUGUGUACAACUGUCAUGCGGGAUACUCGAAUUGGUACUUCGGAUGGUCUGCGCACAAGAAGUCCUGGUGCUGUGAUCAUAACAGCAUGGGCUGCCCUGGAACUUGGCAUGGCAGCUACCAUCUUGAGACUCACGUGACGCACGGUGUGGGUCAUGCACAGGGCCGAAUCUAUGACUGCAAUGCAGGCUUUUCGAAUUGGAAGCAGGGAUGGUCCAACUCCAAGCAGGAAUGGUGCUGCACCCAUGAGAAGAGAGGAUGCAUGAAGUAUCACUGUGAUGGAGAUGCCAGCAUGUGGGCGGCUCCCCAGAGACAGUGGUGCUGUGGCAACUUCCAGAAGGGAUGUCCUCAGACCACCGUCUCACCCCUGAAGUGCAACGCGAUGUGUCAUCUGCAAGGUGAGGGCUCCAAGUGCAUCGACCGCAUCCAUUGGACGCGCGACCAUGUCUUCGGCGGCAAGGAGAACAGCUGCGAAUUGGCCUACAGCAAGGUGCAAGUGGAGUGCGAUGUUUGUCGAGGCUGCUCGAUCCAGGACGCAGGUUGUCAAGUGCAUGCCGUUGGGAAAGAUCCAUUCGAUUGCAACGCUGCCCUCAACAAUUUCUUCCGUGCCUGGUCGCCCGAGAAGAAGCAUUGGUGCUGCACGAAGCGUGGGAAAGGCUGUGAGGGCACCUCGCCACCGGCAGUGGAUGCAGGCUAUGGCAUGGUUUGGAAGCGCGUUCAGGUGCGUGGCUAUUGGACCUGGCAAGCGGUUCACGGACACGGUGUGGUCAGCAUGCCCUACGACUGCCAUGCGGGCCUCCAAAACUGGCACACGGGAUGGUCGGCAGGAAAGAAGGGAUGGUGCUGCCAGCAUCAACAUCUCGGUUGCGCAGGUGCUCACCCCUGACAAGGUUCGAUUGGUGGAGCCGGGGCCAAUUCAAAGAAAUUCGAGUGCCAAGCAGCUCUGUAAAAUCAGGGGUGCUUGAAUCUUGCAACUUUGCAUCUUGACGUCUCCUGGACGGGGCAACUGACGUCGGUUUCACCCAUUCCUUGCCGACCAGCGCGUGCACAAAUAUCGCCGUGCAAUGUUGGAACGCGCCGGCCUCCGGGCGCGUUCCAGAGCGCGCCGUCUCGAUGGCAAGGAGCCUUGGUGGCGCGUUUCUGGCCACGACGUUUUUGGGUCGCCACGUGUGAGCAGAGAGUGCCAGGUGCCACCGAGAACUGUUGCUGCGAUCUCUGUCGGAGGGACGAGCUGAGGACAUCAUGGCG